AAUCACUCCCGCAUGGAGAUUCAAGCACUAAGGCGGCACACAUAUUACCAAACAGAGUCGGGCCUGAGGGCCAAUGUCUCAGGUCUGGUGUAAAAAGCCCCUCGACUUCGACGGCGGCUGUGGGCAGGCAAAUGGCAUCUUAAAGCCCGCCAAGUUGAUCGUCAAGCUGGCUCCAUUGCGACAGCUCCCCGCCGUUGAACCCCAAUCAGGGCACGCAAGGAGGCAUAUGUGAUAUCUGGAGGCUGUCAAGAGCAGAGCUUGCCAAACGGACAUCCACGGACGGCUAUCUACACACCAAUGCAGCUCCUUCAACACCCCAACGAGAUCCUCAGCCGUGUCAUCUCCUUCCUCGACACCCCUAGCCCCUUUGAUGCCGACAUCCUGCAGAAGCCCAAGUCGGCUCUGAUUCCCUUCGAGUCCGAGGCGGGCAUCGAGUUGACCAGCAUCCCAGCAUCAUUGCACCGCCAACACACCCUCAAGAACUUGACCUUGACAUGCCGCUUCCUGCGCGCCCUGACCCUCCCCGUCCUCUUCAAACAUGCCGUGCUCCAUCCGCUACUGCUGACCGACUUUCUCUCCUUCCUCAAGCGGCAUGAUCUGUCCCAACAUGUCGUCAGUGUGGUCGCCCACGUGCCGGGCCAUUACAACCACAUCCAUCCAGCGUGGUGGGCACGCUUGCUCAACGAAGUCCCCGCGACCCGCUUCAGCAUCGUGGCCGCCCCAGAGAUCUUUGCCGAGCUGGCCGGCAUCUGUUCGUGGACCAGCGACGCCUGGGCCUUUGACAUGGCAUUCCAGAUCCUCCGGCUCGACCAGACACCAGAAGCCGCCCAGAUGCAGAUCGACUACGACGAUUUGCCCAAUUUCUUAGUGGCGCGACCUUGGCAGAACAUGGUCGUCAACGAAGGGUCCAGCCUGAUGGCGUACACGACCUACGAAUUCUUCUUACGGCGGACCCCGUCCCUACUGACGGCGCUGCAUUCCAACAACUCGGCCGCCGGGGAUGUGCUCUUCGCGAACCUGAGGAGUUUCGACUUCGUGGCCAUCUUCCCCUUCUACAACCACGUGGACGAGGUGCUCAAGUGCGUGCGCAAAAUGAGGCAGCUCCGGCGGCUGUUCGUCAAGCUGUGCCCGGAGCCGAGCAGCACCGUGUUCCACGACGAAAUCGAAAUGGCCGGCGGGGCGCUGGACAUCCAUGACCCAUGGAACGAAUGCGAGACGUCGUGGACACUGAUCGCGCACAGCGUAGUCUUUCUAACCACCGAAGGCCAGCUGUGCGAGCUACAGAUGGACGACGUCAAGGUGGAGGGCAUGCGACAGACGCUCGAGCAGGGCAUCAGCUCGCUGUUGGAGGGACGAUGGCUGUAUGAAGAGCCGGAAUCGGGGAUCUGGCGCCGGAGAAGAGUUCCUGGGUGUCUGCAACAGGGAUAGCGUUAGAGCAAAACCCCCAGAGUCAAAACAAACCAGCACUCACCCUGCUCUCCCUGGGCUGAACUUGGACGCAUAUUGCCCAGUCGCAUUGGAUUGUAUCAGAUGUCCCGCAUCUUCAAGCGAGGGUAUGUGCAUGAGCAACUCAAUGAUGUCAGCGGCAAGCAGGCAAGCGGGAGUUGUCGCCGGCAGGUAGGCGAAAGUGUGUAUCGAGUGCACGCAUGUUUUUUCCGCAUCUGAAUCUCGAAUCUGGAUCUGGAUCUGGAAGUGGGAAAUGGUUGGGAUCUGCGAUUUGGACAUUGAGCAAGAUCAAUGAUAUGGUAUAUGUAUGGUGGCCUCGACAGAGCAUGAGAUGGAUUGACAUAGUAUGGUAUGAUCUGGUAAUGCAUUCAGCAGCCCUAUCAAAG